AUGUUUGCCGGCUACUUGCAAGCCGCUGCUUACAAGAAUUUGAGUGAUGUUGGUGGACUUGAAGGGUGGCGGUGGCUGUUCAUUAUUUGCACAAUCAUCACCAUUCCAGUGUGCCUAUUGGGCUUUUUUGUUUUCCCGGACCUGCCUCAUCGAAAGAAGCCAUACUUCCUCACGGAAGCCCAGCAUAAUCUCUCCAGGCCAAGACUACAUGGCAUAACGGCUCCAGCACAGAUUCAAAUGUCAAAGACCAUUUUCAAACGAGUUUGGGGGAGAUGGCAUUGGUAUGUGUUAGUAUUCCACUGGUGUCUAUUGGAUCAAAACUCUUUGGCUGCCGGCACACCGUUCAGCUUGUACCUGAAAGCCAAAUCCUCGAUCUAUUCCGUAACCCAGAUCAAUACUCUGCCGACAAUCACCACCGCCAUUUCGGUUAUAUGUGCCAUUGCGGCAGGAUUCGUCGCUGACAAGACCGGUAAAUUCUGGAUACCAAGCGUACUGGCAACAAUCCCAGUCUUCAUAGGGGCUCUCCUGCUGGUCUCCUGGAACGUCGGAGAGAGUGGUCGCUUGGCAGGCUUCAUGAUCAUUGGGACUGAAGGGGUCCUCAGUCCUAUGUCAAUGAGCUGGACGACCACCUUGCUGGCCAACGAUGCAGCAGAGAGAGCAAUUGUGACCGCAAGCAUGAACGCCAUUGGCCAGGCUUUCACAGCUUGGACUCAGCUCUUCCAAUACCCAGCGACUGAAGCGCCCAACUUCCACAAAGGGUUCAUCUCCUUUUCUGUCACCGCAGCUCUUCAAUUCGUCACUAUUGGUACGAUAUACUUCUUGGCACGGAGAGAGCUCCAUCAUAAGGUCAAAACCGGAGAAAUCGAAGAAACGAAAACGACCAUAACGGAGCUGUAAUUUCUUGGUAAGUGUAAGGGCUAGGCUCAACGAAGUCAAAUACCAACA